AUGUCCGCCAACAACACUGCUGCUAACACUGACUCAGACGUGACUACCAUGGACGGUGAAAGGCUUGAAAGGCCCACAAAAAGGCAGCGCGUUGAGAUCUCCGAGUCGAGCACGACAACGACGACGACAACGGGAGGAGAUGCCACAGUCUCCUCUUCUGCAACAACGACAGAACAACUAACCAGGUACCAGUGCAGAUGGAACAGGGCGAGUGGUGAAAUUUGCAACCACUCAGAGGUGGGACCUGGCUCGAUCUACACCCAUGUCAAGGAAAUCCAUGGGGUCAGGGGGGACCGGAGCGUCGAUAUCAACUGUCUUUGGCUGGUCCAGGACGGUCCUAACGCGUCCGGUAAUGUUACAAUUCGCUCCUGUGGAAAACGGAUCAAAAUUGGGAGCUUGAUGAGGCAUCUGUCGCUGCAUGCGCAGGACGAUGCCAACUGUCCUCGCCAUCCCUCUGCUUCUGGCUCUAAAUCAACUUUGACUGCUGGAUCUGUAUCUGGAUCUGUAUCUGGCUCUAGCUCUGGCGCUGGCGACUCUAGGCGCUCAACUCCGACUAUGAAGGGGUUCUCGUUCUACCACGGGCCCAACACUCGGCCCUCCCGGGUGAGGACCCAGUCGACCCAGUCACGCUCCUCCACCCCUCAUUCCGGUACUCUGGAUCCGGGCUCGAUUGCCGCACCUGACCCCAUAGUUCUAAGCGGGAUUCCUCCGUGGAUGAGGAGUCAGUCGAUGGUACGGUCUUCAGCGUCGAGUACAUGUUCGACGCCCUCAUUCGCGACACCGCCUCCGCCAUCUCUUGCGCCGACUCCUGUUCUCUGUCCGGAUGACCUACAGGUUGGUCCUAGCACUGGGAGGCUCGAGUCUCGGGGUACGGCUCCUCGUCCAUUUGGUCAUCGGAAUCCUAGCCAGCCAACGCUAUAUGGUCCUCCUCCUGUGCCGUAUCAUGGUCAUUCCCAGCCCGCUCCUCCGCUUCUGCCUCCACGGUCUGUGCAGUCAGCCGUCAACCUCGUGCCGUACGGUUCAUCACUGGCGGAUUAUCACAGCGCGAAUCACAGUUCUUCUGUCCAUUCUCGCCCACUCCUCGCGUUGGACACUCGGUCGCUCCCAUCCGCUCCACUCCCUCCUCAAGCUCUCAGCUACGCUCAUCUCGGGAACGAUGUUCCUUUGGAAAAUGCAUGUCUUUCGAAUCAUGGUCUGGCCCCGCAGGGGAUGGGGUACUAUCUACAUACACCUCAUCCGCAGUUCCAGGACGAGACGUAUCUGAAUCCUCCUCCGGUUUCUGCUGCUUCAAAUGCGAUGCAAGGGUCUUCUGAUGCUGUUCGACUUGGAAAACGGCGAUGGGGCGAGAUGACUCCUGGGUUACACGCUUCAGCUCUAAGUGAUGUUCCUCCCACCAUCCGCGCUCCGACUGGCAGCCACAAUCAUACCUUCAGUACUCGAAACGCCGAUGACGCACCCACUCUACUAGUUGCUCGAUUCGACGAGAUGCCCACCCUCGAUCAUAGCGACGAUACGCACACCCCAUCCGAGCAAAUCGACAGUUCGACCGCUGUAUUCUCGAGGCAGAUUGACGAAACAGCCACAGCGACGACGGCAACGACGACGACGACGACGACGACGGUGACUGGUGCUACCGCAGAGCAGACCGCUUCAGCAUCGACGGUCCCUCUGCCUUUCAUCGAGGCCAUGCAGGCGGGCGGGUUGAGCUCGUUUGGGACGGAAGAUCUUGGGUCGCUUUGGGCCUUGGUGCAGGGUGCGUUUCCGGCGUUUGAUGAUCCAGGAGAUGAAGAGUUGGGAGCAUCGGAUCGGAAUCAGGGCGAGGAAGCGAGCCUGAGCGCGAGCGCGAGUGCGAGUGUGGGUCGUACGAAUGGGAAUGCGAAUGCCAGGUUUUCGACGGCUGAGGCUUUGAGCUCGAGCUCGGGUGCAGAUGAGAGUGCUGGUGUGGAAAGAAGCUCUAUCUCGCGUGAUACCUCCGUGACGACUCUGGAUUCGGCGUCUAUGGAGGAAGAGGUGAGACGAGAUCGCGAUGGAGUCGAAGUGGAUAAGGAGGACCAGGAGGAUUGGCUUGAGUAUGUGGACCCACCCGCAGGGAAUGGGGUUGUAAGUCAGGUUCAGGGUUGUGAGGAUGAGAGUGAUCAUGACUCGGAGGAGGAUGCUGAAGGAGAGGAAGUCGACGAUGAUGACGAUGCUGAUCAUGAUGUGUGGACUUUGGACGAUUUGCUUGGAGCGAAUGGUGUAGCUGGUUUGACGAGCAAGAAGGUUCAUGAGCACUGA